CAGAGAGGACAAGAUCGUCAUUUGAUUCGGCAGCAUCAAUGGAGUCGGAAGCUCUUGAUGCAGCUGAAACUGUGACCAGCGUGGUUCUUCUGAAGCUGCUACUGGUGCUGUUUCCGGGGGCUCUGCUGCUCGCGAUUUCUUUCGACAGCUCCUCGGAGGAGGUACUGAUGCUCCGAUUCGUGAUGCAGGCGGUGAGAUUGGUACUCCAAAUCAUGAUCAAAAUGGCGAUGUACAGAAUCAAAUCGGUGAUCGAAAACGUCCUGUUUGUAAUCUUCAUCGUCAUCUUACAUCCUCUAGCUCUGUGCUGCCGUGUGAUGCGAAACGCCGUCGCAUUGCUGGGUAUCGUAGCUUGGUCCUGCUGGGUUCUGUAUCGUUUGAUCGCGCUUGUUGCGGCGUCGGAGCUUGAUCGUGAUGCAUCCCGAGGGCAAGAAGAAGAAGAAGGUGGUGACAGUGAUCACAUUGUGCCUAGAUUGAAGGAGAGCUUGCAGUCAUGGCUGAUCGAAUUCGAGGCGGAGCUUCGGAAGGGGAAUUAUAGCAACCCGGCUAUUGUAGCAUCCCGAUCUGUUCAUAUCCUACAGUAGAUGAUCAAUUCUCUCUUCUCUGCAGCAAUUAAGUUUUAACUUUGUGAAUUUGAAGUCAGAACAUGUUCAUGUGCAUUCCAACCUAAUAUUUUCCAACGUAUGAAGGUUGUAAACCCUACUUCCUACUUCCUCCAAUCUUUAUUA